AUGAUUUUGGCGGACAUGAUUCGGCGUGGCGUGAAGCCGUCCUGCGCACGUCAUCCGGGCUCUGUAUACUACUCUCUGCUGAGAGGAAGUGGGAGAGGAGUCAGACGCGGUGUUAGCUUGCGCGUGGUCACUGGCACCCACUUACAGUCCGCUGUAGCGCACCAGUCUUCUGCAGGAUCCUCUGAACCGACGAGACGGUCAACCAGAAUUUCCUCGCAGCCUAAGGCCGAGGUCAAUGAGCCUGCCAAGAAGGUUGGGGAGAAAUCGAACAAGAGGACUGCUGAGCAGCACGACGAUGACAGCCCAGUGUUGAAAAAGAACAAGGCUGAAGAGGCUGCUACUGAAGCAUCUGACGCACCAGAGGCUGCUCAAGCCCUAGCGCAUAUUGAUAUCGGAGACUCUUUGCCGUCUCUCGUUCUAAAGAAUGAGAAAGGCGAAGAUGUAGAAGUGUCAACCAUGGCCUCGGAGAAGGGUGUUAUCUUGUUCCUUGUACCCAAGGCUGAUACCCCGGGUUGCACCACCCAAGCAUGUGGAUUCCGAGAUAUCUACCCCGAUUUUACGUCGCACAACUUUGACGUUUACUGCUUAAGUGCCGACAGUCCUACUGCGCAGACAAAGUGGCAGACUAAGAAAGAAUUGCCUUAUGAUCUCCUUUCGGACUCAAAGCGAGUCUUAAUUAGCGCUUUGGGAGCAGGGGAGGGUGGCAAGACGAAGCGUAGCCAUUUUAUCUUCGAGAAAGGUGGGAAGCUCGUGGACAAGAAGAUGCCCGUGAAGCCGGCUGACAGUCCUAGGCUCGCUCUUGAGUUCGUGAAGGGCUUGAAUGCAGAAUGA